AUGUAUUGUCAGCCGACCGCAAUGUCGACGGCGUAUUACCAGCCGGCCGCAAUGUCGCCGGCGACCACUCCGCUGCCGUAUUCGCAGCCCGUGACGUACAUGCAGCCGACUGCCACUCUGCCAGUGGUGCAGAAUCCAUAUGUGCAGCCGCUUGGGACCGGGACCUUCAGCCCCUCCUAUGGAUAUGGCGCCGUUCCUGCGCCGAUCCUGCCGCAGCCAGCUGGGUAUAUGUACAGCUAUGACCCCAGCCCUCAUGCGGGCGCGGCUUCGUACGCGCCCGCAGCGCUGCCAGCUACUAGCUCCUUCUCGUACGCGCCUGCAGUGCCGGCUGCGGGCUCCUUCUCGUAUGUGCCGGCAGCAGUGCCAGCGACGAGCUCCUUCUCGUAUGUGCCAGCAGUGGCGGGUACAAGCUCAUUUUCGUUGAGCCAGCCAGUGCGGUCCACGUCCUUUGAGACGUACCCGGCAUCCAUACCGCCAAUGGCCGCGGGGGCCUCGCUGGGUGGCUCUUUCGUUGCCCCAGCUGGGCCAGCCACAGGGAGCUACGUGCCCCCGCCGCUGGUGGACGCUGCGACCGGCUCCUUCGUUCCCCCGGUGGCGACGAGCGGGAGCUUCACCUACCCAGGCUUGCCCACCGUCGGCUCGUUUGUGAGCCAGCCUGGGCCUAUUGGGCUGGCCAAGCUGAGUGCGUCCAGGCCGUUCAAGUUCUACGUGGAGCCGCCAGAGAAGAGGAAAAACGGUGCAGAGGGAAGCAAACCGUCGGCAAAUCCGUCCGCGGAUGCUUCUAGGCCUCCGGUUCACGGCAGCACUUCGUCUUCACACAAGGUUUCAAAGAAGGCCAAGAAGAAGUCUUCGAUGCUGGGCUGCUGCUGA